AGGUUUGUGGAGAUUCAGAUGCUCUGCAGCUCUGACCGACUGCUGCCUGAAUCAUCGACUCUGAUCCUCCUCCUCUCCAACCUUAGGAAGAGGAGGAGGAGGAGGAGGAGCUGCUUCUGCUUUUCAGUCUCAGAUUCAACAGAGAGGGAAACACAGCAGAAGUCCGACAGGAUCCUCCAACGAGACUUUAGAAACAAUGAGCUGCUGCUUCAUCAGGCUCCAAAGGCAAAGAGUUACUGUACACAAUUGAAAACAGGAAAUUGGUGAGACGAAACUGCUUCAGACGGAAGACAGAGUCCGGACGCAGCUGGAGGUCUUGAGUUUAUAACAAAGGAUGGAGUCCAGAUUCAGGCGGAGUUUCUAACAGAAGACGGAGUCUAGACACCGUCUGAGUUUGUAAGAAAACAAGGAUGAAGUUCGGCAACAGUCUUUGCACCCUGAAUGUCGGCGGGCGGCGGUUUUCCUUCUCUGCGGAGCUGAUGAAGCGCCUCCCCCUGAGCAGGCUCAGCCGGCUGCACCGCUGUGUGUCGGAGAGCGAACUGCUGGAGCUCUGUGACGACUAUGACCGCGACAGAAACGAGUUCUUCUUCGACCGCCACUCGGAGGCCUUCAGUUUCAUCAUGCUGUAUGUGCAGCAUGGGAAACUGCGCUUCGUCCCGCACAUGUGUGAGCUGUCCUUCUACAAUGAGAUGCUGUACUGGGGCCUGGAGAGCUCCGACCUGCAGCCCUGCUGCCAGCGGCGCCUCGACGACCGCAUGUCUGACUGUUUCGUCCACUUCUUCCCUGAGGAGGAGUUCCGAUGUCCUGAGGAGCCGCAGAGCCACUGGCUGGAGAUGAUACGGAGGACAUUCGAGGAGCCCACGUCCUCCCUGGUGGCACAGGUCCUCGCCUCAGUGUCCAUGCUGUUUGUCAUCAUUUCCAUGGUGAUGCUGUGUGCCAGCACCUUACCAGACUGGAAGACCGCUGAGACCCUGGACCAGCACAGGAUCAUUGAGGCGGUGUGUAUUGGUUGGUUCACAGCGGAGUGUAUCAUCCGUUUCCUUGUGUCUCGGGACAAAUGUGAGUUUGUCCGUUGUCCUCUGAACAUCAUCGACCUGCUGGCUAUCACGCCGUACUAUGUCUCUGUUACCAUGACGAUCCUGACGGGGGAGAACUCCCAGCUGCAGCGGGCCGGCGUCACACUGCGCGUCCUGCGCAUCAUGCGAAUCUUCUGGGUGAUCAAACUGGCUCGUCACUUCCUAGGCCUGCAGACGCUUGGACUGACGCUGCGACGCUGCUAUCGCGAGAUGAUGAUGCUGCUGAUCUUCAUCUGUGUUGCCAUGGCGAUCUUCAGUGCACUGGCCCAGCUGCUGGAGCAUGGCCUGGACCUGGAGACCGGAAACCAGGACUAUGCCAGCAUCCCCGCUGCCUGCUGGUGGGUGAUCAUCUCCAUGACGACAGUGGGAUACGGGGACAUGUACCCAGUGACGGUGGCGGGCCGUGUGCUGGGUGGCCUCUGCGUGGUGAGCGGCAUUGUGUUGCUGGCGCUGCCGAUCACCUUCAUCUACCACAGCUUUAUCCAGUGCUACCACGAGCUCAAGGUGCGCUCCGCCCGCUGCACCCAUAGCCUGUCUGCCGAGUUCAUCAACUGACCAACGAGCAACUGAGCAACAUUGCUGCUGACAUCGAUACAACAUGACCUUGAUCAGCUGACUGUCACUCUGUGGAGAAUUUAAAUGCCAGUGGCAGCGACGUUCCAUCAGCUUUUUAAGAGUCACAUUAAUGUUCAUCUAACUGUUGGAACUUGAAUUUUUAUUUACCUGACAAAAAGAAAAGGAACUGAUAAACUGAACACUGUGAACGAUCAACAUACGACAUGUAAGCAGAUGUAUUUCAGAGGACUGUCGCCGUACGACAUGUUGGACAUAUUUCAGAGGACUGUCGCUGUACGCCAUGGUAGACAUAUUUCAGAGGACUGUCGCUGUAUGACAUGUUAGCAGAUGUAUUUCAGAGGACUGUCGCCAUACGAUAUGUUAGACGUAUGUCAGAGGACUGUCGCCGUAUGACAUGUUAGCAGAUGUAUUUCAGAGGACUGUCGCAAUACGAUGUGUUAGACGUAUUUCAGAGGACUGUCGCCGUAUGACAUGUUAGACGUAUUUCAGAGGACUGUCACCAUACGACAUGUUAGACAUAUUUCAGAGGACUGUCGCCGUAUGACAUGUUAGCAGAUGUAUUUCAGAGGACUGUCGCAAUACGAUAUGUUAG